AUGAACUAUUCAAUAACGAGUGCUAUAAAAGAUAUAUACUCAACCACACUUGUAAAGACUUCCUACCAGCAGCAACAACCUGCUUGUUCCAACACGCCUUCUAAAGCGAACGAUAGGCCUUGCUAUAACGAAGAUAGGCCUGCUCCAACGAUUGAUAGCCUUGCUACAACGAACAAGAGAUCCACUCCAACGAACAAGAGAUCCACUCCAACGAACAAGAGACCUACUCCAACGAACAAGAGACCUGCUCCAACGAACAAGAGACCCACUCCAACGAACAAGAGACCUGCUCCAACGAACAAGAAACCGACUCCAACGAACAAGAGACCUGCUCCAACGAACAAGAGACGUGCUCCAACGAACAAGAGACCUGCUCCAACGAACAAGAGAUCCACUCCAACGAACAAGAGACCUGCUCCAACGAACAAGAAACCGACUCCAACGAACAAGAGACCUGCUCCAACGAACAAGAGACCUGCUCCAACGAACAAGAGACCUGCUCCAACGAACAAGAGACCUGCUCCAACGAACAAGAGACCUGCUCCAACGAAUAAGAGACCUGCUCCAACGAACAAGAGACCUGCUCCAACGAACAAGAGACCUGCUCCAACGAACAAGAGACCUGCUCCAACGAACAAGAGACCUGCUCCAACGAACAAGAGACCUGCUCCAACGAACAAGAGACCUGCUCCAACGAACAAGAGACCUGCUCCAACGAACAAGAGACCUGCUCCAACGAACAAGAGACCUGCUCCAACGAACAAGAGACCUGCUCCAACGAACAAGAAACCAGCUCCUACAGAAAAUUAA